GUGAGGGUAGUGGAUAGAGUGAUGGGCCAAGGUCAUACCCACGUGGAGGACGAGUGCACGGACAGUGAGGAGGAGAAGUUUUAUAACAGUGAGUUAGAGGACAGUCAGAGCGAGUGCGAGGAGGACGCAUGCGAUAAACGUGUCACUAUGGAGGCCAGAGCGCGGCACGCCACAGCGGCAAGGCUUCGCUCGGUUUGGAAUGAAGUCAAAAAGAAUUCGAGUGACUCCGCAUCGGAGUACGAGGAGGCAGAGGAAGACCGCGGGUUGCAGCCCCCCCUGGCGGAGCGCUCGAGUCCCCUCGGAGCGUCUCAUAGCGACGGCAACACCAGCCUCCGGGGCCCGGAGCUGACGGACGCCGAGGACGAGCAAGGCUGCACGGAGGUCUGUCGUUAUCAGCAGGCGUACUUCUUCGGUUCCAAUACCUCGCUGGAUUCCAGCAUCAGCCAGCCCUCCUGUGCCAGUCUGGACUCGAGACUCGCGCAAAUUUCGGGCAGCAGCAACACUUAUCAUAGUAGAGUACUGCCACGGAACUUCUUUCUGGACUUAGAGAGAGAGGGGCGUGGGUGUGCUUCUGCCUCAGCCACGCCCCUCACAUCGCCGCAGUCGCCCUCGGAAACUAGACGCCGCUGGGACAAGAGUGUGUGGCCAGAGGUGGAGAGAGGACUUCGCAGGAACCAGAGUGUCCCGGACAUAGAUCCUUCAAGAUCGGAAGACCGACGGCAUAGAGGCAGGGGACGGUCACCCAGUCCCAAGCGCUACACUUUCGACGAGCGGGAGAAACGACAGAAGAUCAUUGAUGCUGUGACACGACGGCUCUACCCCGGUAGUGGUCCCGGCUUCGGUCGCCGCACAAAAAAGGUGUCAGAGAAGCCUCAGGUUUCGGGAGAGAGAGAAUGCAGGUGUCGUAAAAAGACAGGGAGUGAUGGAGACAUAGCUGCCUCCAAAAAUUCUGUUACCACAAGUUCCUGUGAAUCACUACUGCCCAAAACCCCUAGAAACAUUUCAUUACCUACAUCUGUCACUCCCCCAGCAUGGAGGCGGUCAUCCCUGGAAAGUCCUCCUGGUAGUUUUUUGCCUAUACCUGUACGUGACCAUUCACAGGCUGAAAGAACAUCUACCAGCCCACAAAAGGAUACUGCUACUACCACGCUGACUCGCUCAUCGCGCAUCACAAGGCGUGAGGUCAAGACAGUCACAACAACUGUUACCAAAACACUAAAUACAACAGAAAGGAAAAUAGUGACUAAUGUGCAGCGAGACAUGGCCAAACCAGAUAUGCAAGACCAAGCUGUAGACUGUGAUCUUGUAGACAGAGACAGCUGUGAGAAAGUGAGUUGUGAGAGUAAAGGUGCACAGGCUGAUAUGCAGGUUUUGGAAACCAGUGAAGACCAGGAAGAAAAUGAAGACAGUCAAAGUCAAAAGAAGUGUGUUCAUCCUGACCCAGAUUUACUGACUGACGUAAAAAAGGAUGACUCUGCUGAGAAAGAAGGAAGGCGUAAGAUCCCACUGACUCCUGCCUUGCACCAGCUGCGGCAGGCUCUUGCUUCCCUGAAUGAUCCUGAGAGGUUCUCCGACGAUAGCCUUGAACUUGGGAAUUUGGAUGCAGAUUCACCAUCACCAGCUUCAAGAUUUAGUCCACGUGUGCCUGAAGAUGAUGAGAUGUCACUAGGAGAUAUAAGCAAAGACUCCUUAGAAGAUAGUGUAAAUAUAGAUGUUGAAUCUAGAAAAUUACAUGCUGCUCAUGAUCCCACAGUUGUACAAGAGAUAAAAACAGCUUGUGAUAUGGUAAGUGCCAUCCCAGGACCUCGAAUUCCAAAACUUAGUAAGAAGAAUGAUUCUUUCAUCCAGUCUUUCUUUCGAUCCGUUAGUGCCUCAGAUAUGAAAGAUUCUUUUGAGUUAGAAGAGGAGUCCCUCUCUCUGACUGAUGACAACAGCGAGACAUUAUGUUUGUCUCCUAGUUCAGCACAAACAUUGGCUUCCAAACCUAGUGUACCUGUUAAAUCUAAUGCUGCGACACCUCCUCCAAGCUCAUCGUCCUCAAGGAAUACAAGGAGGUGGACCCGAGAAAGAGCAGAAAAACGACUUACUGAGUCCACCAGCUCAGAAGAGAGUGAUGUUGACUUACGUCAGCGUCCAAGGUUUAGAAAAAGAAGAGUGAGAAGGAUGUCGCUUCCACUACCCUCCGUGCCAACUAUUGACCUGUGUGAAGAGCAGGACAACUCUGACUGCACUGAAGGUGCAACUUUAAAAGUAUCCUCCCACGAGAUAGUAGAUAGUGCUGUGUGUGCUAGUGUUAAGGAUAUUAAUGCUAAUAAAAUGUUAACUAGAACUCACGGUAAAGAGCUUUUGGAUAGAAAUAGAAGAUAUACAAGUGAAUCUGUAGGCGAGUGUGGUGUUGAAGAUGUAAGUGUGGAUAUUGCCUCAACUGAGCGAAAGCAAAAGUUAUUACAGUUCAAACAGAAAUAUAAGAACGAAUCUUCACAACCGUCCAAUCAGGGUUCUUCUGUGGUAGAAUCCUUGUCUCCUGAAUACUAUUCCCCUCACCUUCAGGACCCAGUUAUCUCAGUGCCCAACCAGGCAGGAAGCAACCAGCAGUUCAGUGAAUCAGACUCCUUUUCAGACAGGGAUGUCGAGACUCAGGCUCUCCUGAAGGAAUCUGCGAAGAAGUUACUACGAACAGUAAGUAAAGAAGGCCCCUUAUCAGAAGCAUCUCAAGAUGCAGUAGCAGAGCUACUAAAGGCUUCUUCAAAACGUCUCGCAAAGUAUGCUCUCAGCAUGCCUGAGGAUGGCUCAGAGAUAGGGAGUGCCUCAGUUUCUCGUUGUGAGAGUGUUGCCACUCAGGACGAGGACUAUGACACUGCCAAAGGAGAAGACAGCUGGUUAGAAAGUUCAAGUGAGUUCCAGAGUGCCUUGAAGAAGAAUGGAGUGUCUGGCUCUCAUUCUUACACUAGCAACACGACUACUCCAGCAAGGGAGAUGCUGCAUAAAGAUGAAAAAAAACAGUCCUUCGAAGGACAAGGUAACUUACUUGAUGUAAUGCAGAGUAGUAGUGGGGGGGAUGUCUCUCCCUGUGCUUUUGUAGCUGAUGCUACUGACUACAGCACCACAGCAACUACACCAUUGGCAUCCUCAGCUAGUGAAGGUUUUUCUACUGAUGGCUCAUGGGAGGACCUUGAGAUUCUCGAUCCUCAGAGUAAAGGGGAUAUCAACCUUUCUGAGAAACAGUAUCAAGUCAUAGCAGCAGAAUUCACACCUCGCACUGCACGCAGACUCUUGUACACAAUCAUUGAAUGCAGUGAAAGUAGUCGUUCAGAAAGUGUUCCAUCUGAACCAGAUGUUAUUCCAUCUGACUGGCAAGAAACAAUGAGUGAGACUGAAGAUUGCAAUUUGUCAGGUUGUGUGAGCCCAGAGAUUAGUGAAGACCUGUUAAGUUCUUCAGAUGAUACUAUGCUUGACACAGUACGCCGCAAUGUUGAGGAUCCGCAGGAUUCACUCUCUUGCAUCUCAGAUGAUAUCCUAGGGGACUCUAAAGCCCACACUGCCGAAGGAUAUCCAGCUGAAGGCUUCCAGGAACUUCCUUGGAAUGCAGCUGGGUCUCUGGAACUCCUUACAAGUCUUCCAAUAACUCCUGAUUGUCUUGAUGAAGAAGAUAAUCCAUGGGAAACUGACACUAAAGACAUGGACCUGAAUUAUCAAGAUGAAAGUAAUCAGGAGACAUGUACCACUUCAGACAGUGGAAUGGUGUGUACUAAAAUUUCUAAUUUCACUCCUGUUAUUCAGUACAGUCAGAAUCAAGAAGAGGAUAUGCUACCUGAAUUUGUGCCUUAUUUAGAUUUAUCAGAGGUAGCAGGAUCACCUAUUAAAGGCCAUGUGGUUAAGGAAACCAUUCUAGUCUCUUCACAAGAUGAAGUUACUGCCUUAGAAAGACAUGAAGAUGUUACCAAUGUAAAUUUUAAUGUCACUGUAGAAGACAAAAAAAUGCAGGACAAAAUGGGUAAAUUACAUUAUGAGACUUCUAGUGCCUUUGAAAGUUGUAGAACUUUGCUAGAUGGUAGCUUGGGUUUAAGCAAUAAAAUGCCAAAGUUUACAAAUCAAGAGCAGAUUCGGGUAGGAGGAAAUUCAAAACUUGGGGCUUUGCAUCAGGAACAUCUUGAAAUAACUGACAGUCCAGAUGCAGAGAUUCAGCAUAUUACAAAAGACAGUGAAUUGCACUUGCAUGCUUUUACUCACACAAUCCAUUCUUCCAAAGAAAUGAAUAUCGGUUCUGAGGCUGUAUCUUGUUCAGUGCCAAGACUUUCGACUGCUGUAGCUGUAGAAUCUCCAUGGCAGAAGAUUGAUGAUGUUAGUCAUUCUUCUCACUCAGAUGACUAUUUGGUACCUGUUAUGUCUUCUAGCUUGAAGGCUGAGUCUUCACAAGAUUCUGACAUGGAAUUUGAUAGCUUAGAGCAAAUUCAAAUGACUUAUAAUGAUGUCCAACACCCUCAUUGCAUAUCAGACAUACCGCAACGCUCUGUAUUGGAAGGGGACAAUACAGUAGCUGCAAGUUCUCUGUUAAACAAAAACACAAAUUUAACAGGAGAGGCCCAAAGACUAGUUAUGCCUUUAACCCCACAGAAUUCCUUGAUGGACGUAAGUAUUUACGAAGCCGUAAGUUCAAUAGAAAAUCAAAUGCCAAUUAAUGUAAUGGAGAUAAAGCCAGUGACUAUGGGAAUUGAAAGCAUCGAAUCGAGCUACUUGAAGCAGAUGCCACAGAAUUCUGUGGUAGAAGUCAGCAUGCCAGAAGCAAGCUUACUAAUGACUAGGAACCAAAGUGAAAGAUCAGACUGUUCAUUUAAAGCAACUUUGGCUCCACAAAAUUCUUUGACAGGUGAAGCAGCAAGCAUUUUGACAACUAAAGAUAAAGAUGUUGAAGCUAGCUGUCACUAUUUAAAUCUGCAGACAACUCCAGAAUAUACUGAAGUUCUGUCAGGACCAGAUCCAAUGGUCUUAGAGCAAUCCUGUGAAAUAGAAAUAAAACAAGCACCACCCCUGACACCACAGAACUCAGUGAUGGAGGUUAGUAUAUCAGAGGCAAGUUCACUGUUAGCAGAAGAAAAAUUAAAGUCAAGAACUAUGCAACUUUCACCUUUAACACCACAGAACUCCAUGGUAGACGUUAGCAUAUCAGAAGCAGCAAGCUAUGUGGUACAAGAUGUGGAAUGUACAUCUGAAGAGUUGUUACCAUUAGCACGUGCUGAUGUUGCAGAAGUUAAUACAUUAGAAGCAAGCACAAGAAUGCUAGAUGACAGAUUGAAAUCAGUUAUGCCCAGGCAAGUUUCACCUCUAACACCACAACAUUCAAUGGUUGAUGUUUGUAUAUCAGAAGCAGCAACAUCAGUGAUGCUAAAAAAUUAUGAAUACAUGUCAAGUCAAAACACUCAAGCCUCUCCCACAAUGAAGUCAGAAGCAAGUUAUGAAGCACUGGAAUUUGACACUGCUAUGCCGAAAGGUUUUCACGAAAUACCACCACUCAUGCAACAAACUCCUGUUGUCAGUGUUAGUAUAACAGAAGCAGCAACUUCUGUGAUGCUUGAAGGUAAAGAACAUGCACUCGACUUAAACACACAGUCCUUGCCCACAGUCAGGUCAAAGGCAGAUUCAAUGUUAAGAGAAUCUGAUAUUAGUGAAUCUAGAACUUUUCGGGAAAUGCCACCACUGACACCACAGAAUUCAACGGUGGAAAUAAGCAUAUCUGAGGCAAGUUCAGUGUUACUAGAAAAGGAGAGCAUAAAACCAAGAUCCGUUAAAGUAUGCCCUCUGACACCACAGAAUUCUAUGAUGGACAUCAGUAUCACAGAAGCAGCAAGUUUACUAUUAGAGAAUGCAAAAUCUGCCCUUGAACAACCAAUUUCAUCAGUAGCUGAGGAGACCACAGUAGAUACUGUUGCUACAGCAGACAGGAUAUUACUUGAUGAUAAUCAUGGUAAAUCUAUAAAGGAAAUGAUACCAGGGAUAUCUAUGAGUUCAGAGGCAUUUGAAAAAACUGGGUUGGAGAAAGAUUGUUACGAGGAAAGGACAUUGCUAUCUGCACAGUUUUCUGUUGUGGAAGCUAACUUUACUGAGGAAGGUUUAGUGAUACCAGAAAAAGAAGUGAAAGAAAUAAAAACCUUCAGUCAAACGAAGGCUCUAACACCACAGAAUUCUUUUGUGGAAGUUAGUAUAUCAGAAGCAAGUUCUUUGGCACUUGAAAAUGUCAGAUUAAAUUCCACAACCUCAAAACAAGCACUACUGUUAUCUGCAAAGAGUUCCAUUAUGGAAGACAGUUUUGCUGAGGCAGCAUCAUUAGUGCCAGAAAAAGAGGAAAAAGAAAUAAAAAUUUUCAGUCAAUCAAAGGCAUUAACACCACAGAACUCCUUAAUGGAGGUUAGUAUAUCACAGGCAAGUGCUUUAGCAAAUGUGAGCUUAAAUUCUAAAACCCCUGCACCAGCAACUCUGUUAUCAGCACAGAGUUCCGUUUUGGAAGACAGUUUUGCAGAAGCAGGGUCAGUAAUACCAGAAAAAGAGGCAGAAGUAAUAAAAAUUUUCAACCAAACAAAAAUUCUAACACCACAGAACUCUUUUUUGGAGGUUAGUAUAUCAGAAGCAAGCUCUCUGGCAAAUGUCAGCUUAAAUUCUAGAACCUCUGAACCAACAACUCUGUUAUGUGCACAGAGUUCUGUUUUGGAAAACACUUACGUUGAAACAGAUCCAUGGGUGCCAGAAGAAGAAGUACAAGAAAUCAAAACUUUUGAUCAGGCAAAGGCUCUCACACCACAGAACUCCUUAAUAGAAGUUAGUAUAUCAGAGGCAAGUUCUAUGGCACUGGAAAAUCUCAGUGUAACUUCUAGAACCUCUAAACAUGGGACACUGUUAUCUGCAGAAAGUUCCAUUUUGGGAGAUAGUUUUGCUGAAGCAGCAUCAUUAGUGCCAGGAAAAGAGGAAAAAGAAAUUAAAAUUUUCAGUCAAUCAAAGGCUUUAACACCACAGAACUCCUUAAUGGAGGUUAGCAUAUCUGAGGCAAGUUCUCUAGCAAAUGUCAGCUUAAAUUCAGGAAGUCCUACACCAAAAACUCUAUUAUCAGCACAGAGUUCUGUUUUGGGAGCCAGUUUUGCAGAAGCAGGGUCACUACUAUCUGAACAAGAUGCAGAAGGAAUAAACAUUUUCAACCCAACAAAGGCUCUAACACCACAGAACUCCUUAAUGGAAGUUAAUAUAUCAGAAGCAAGUUCUUUGGCACACCAAAAUGUCAAUUUAAAUUCUAGGACUUGCAGGCAAGUGCCUCCACUUACACCUCAAAAUUCCAUGAUUGAUAUCAGCAUAGUAGAAGCAAGUGCUUUGGCAUCAGAAAGAAAUGAAGACAUGAAUACAAAUGUUAAUUGGAUUCCUCCCCUAACUCCACAGAACUCUAUAGCAGAUAUUAGUGUAGGGGAAGCAGCUUCAGUUAUAGUUGAAAAUGUUCAAGUGAGAUCAAGAUUGAGGCAAUUACCUCUUAUGACAGCACAGAACACAAUAGCAGAAGUUUCUGUAUCAGAAGCAAGCUCCUUAAUACUGGCGACUGAAGGUACCAAUAACAGUUCAGUACAAGAAAUUAGCACAGAGGAACUACCUGUAGUAUUGCUUGAUACCGAUGGAGCAAAGUCAAAAAGUCAAAAGGACUUAACGCCUUUAACUCCCCAAAACUCCGUUUUAGAAGUUAGCAUAUCAGAAGCAAGUACAAUAGCCAUGGAAGAUGAAGCUCUUAAACCAUGUUUGAAGCAAGUACUGCCUCUUAAAUUAUCAGAAGGAAAGGUCAUGUCAUGUGAAAUGGAAAGUGUGAAAUCACUGAGUUCUAAGGAAAUACCACCGCUGACACCACAAAAUUCUGUAAUGGAAGUUAGUAUAUAUGAGGCUGCAAGUUCAAUUGCUGAUACCUAUCUUAGUUCUGAAUUUCCAGUAGCUUUAUUGCAAGAAAGCAAAGCAGUGGAAGGAACAUUAGAGGAAACACAUAAUAAUCAGAGAGACAUAGAAAAGGUAUUGCUUACUCGGCUGGAAGAAGAGAGCUGUGCGGAUGCAUGUUUCCCAAGUUCACCACAACAACCUAAUGUUAAAUCAAUAUCACAUAUCGCUACAAGUGAUCACUCAUUAGAACUUGCUUUUCCAACGCCCCAGGUUUUGGAUGUAGGUGUGUAUCAGGAAACCACAUCUUUCCAACCACAAAAUUCAUCGUUGGUAACACCUUUAACACCUCAAAAUUCUGUGGCAGAUUAUGGGAUGGCAGUGGUACCACAGACUUCAACUUUAGUAGCAAGUACGCCUUUGGACCCCAAAGCCCUUGUUCCUGAGCUGGGUAAAGGAAGCAUGACAUUGCAUUCAGCAGUAGCACCAAUACCUGAAGACAGACUGCAUCAUAUACUGCAGGAAGGGACUGAAGCAGUAAUGCCACAAAUGGCUGCAGAGGAAUUUCAGGCACUGACUCAUGUCGCACAUAUGCCUGUAGAGGUAGCUAGUAGUAUAAUUUCAGCAUCUACUCCUCAGACACAAAAAGUAAAUGCCUUAAGACCAGAAAUAAUUGGCACUAGCAGUGUCCAAGCUGAUCUUCAUCAAACACCACAUGUGGCAGUUGGUUACCAAGUUUUAGAAUCUCAGACAGACCAGCUGACUUUACCACAAGAGUUUACUGAAGAAUUACAGACACUACAUCCAAGAAUAUCAACAGUGGUAAAUAGUGUUGAAGGAGCGAUGUCUUUUACACCACAGGAAUCCAGUGGUGACGAAAUCCAUCCCCUACAACAGAUGGUCAUCAAAAGUAACCAAGUUGUAAACUUGGCUGCAACUUUGCAGUUAGACACAGAUUAUGAUACUAUAAUGCCAUUAUCACCUGAGAUAAUAGAAAGAGACCAAACGGUGAUUAAUUUAACCAAAUCAGAAAUAAUCAACGAAGAAUGUGACAGAGGCCAGGCACAAUUAGACACAGAAGAAUUGCAUUUGGUGUCUCAACUACCACCCCGUUUGACCACCAAUGCCCAGGCAGUGAUUCAGAAACCCGAGGUAGUUAUGAAAGGAGCCACCACCAGUAUUUCAGGAGUUGCAUGUAGAAUCCAACAAAUACCAAUGGAAGGAACUUGUGAUGUCUCAACAGUGAAUCAAAGUGGACUGCAAAGAUCAUUUACUACAGGAACAAUAAGUUCUGAGUCAGAUAUGGAGGAGUCAUGUUCAGUGAUGCCAAGGUUAUCUUACACAGUUGGAAAGGUGCAAGCAGUGACUUCUCAAAUGCCUCAUGAUGCCAUCGAAGAAACCAAAAGUACACAAGAAGUGAGAUAUGAAACCCCCUUAAUUUCAAAAGCAUUAACUUCAAAGCUAGAAGUACCAUGGGACAAUGUCAGUUCAGUCCCCUUCCAUGUAACAACUUCAAAGUUACAGACGGAAGUAUCAGAAUCAGUUAUUCCACUUGCACCUCAUACAAGUAAUACUACAGUAUUGGCUUCUGCUAUUCAUCAGACUCAGCCCUUAAUUGUGGGACAAGCAAUGAUUCCCAAGCCACUUGAAGAGGCUAUGGAGGAAGCUGGUUGUCUCCAGGCAAUGGCUGACAGUACGCCAAAAAUGGUCAUAGUUAAAGAGAGCAGUGGCCAGGCAGCCAUUUUAAGUACACCAAUUAUGACUGUAGAAAGAGAGGGCAGUGAAAAGUCAGUGACUCUUCAAACAUCACAAAUGUCCGAAGUUGCUAUCCCCAUAAUAUCUACGUUGGCCAAGGGAGAAGUGAUGAGUGUCCAGACAAUAUCUCAGCAGACUUUACCUUUGACUGUGGAGGAAGCUGGCAGUGUCCAAGUAUUACCUCUUCUAACACCACCUUUGGCCACGGUAAAAGCUGGUAAUGUCCAGGUAACAAUACCUCAAACACAGCAUAUGGCCUUGGAAGAAAAUGAAAGUGACCAUGCAGUGAUCUAUCAUCCUGUGACUGCAACACUGUCAGUGGAAGAGUCACUUUCAGUAACUCCAUUGACACCAGAAAUAGCAGCCGGUGUGCAGGUAACUUCACAUGACUUUUUAGUGGAAGGGUCAGGCAGUGACUGGGAAAUGACAUAUCAAACAGUAGAAGUAAGCAGUGACCCGGCUCUGCCUCAUAAAACACCUGUGACAGUUAUGGGGAAAGCUAGAAGUGUGAACGGAGCAGAUCGUGCCCAGACAUCGAUUCAGCAAAUGUCUCAGAUGGCUUUGGAAGGUGUAGUUGCCCAGACACCAAUCUAUCAAGCAGAAACUUCCAGUCUAGAUUUGGAGGAAUCACAUGCAAUGAUACCUCUGUUGCCUCAGAAAGCCACCUAUAUGACUCAUCAUACAUCACAUAUUAGUGAGCAAGGAAUUCGACAAUCACCACAGGUGGCCAUGGAAACUAUCACUGACCAGACUGUGAUUCAUCAGGCACCUCAGAUGGCCAUGGAAGGUGGCAAUGGCCAGUCAUUGUUUACACCAGUGGAAACUAGCAGUGGUCAGGCAGUGUUACACCAGCCACCACAAGUUAGCAGAGCUGUGGCCAUGACUCUUCAAACAUCUCAAGUGACUGUAGAAACUAACUUUGGCGAGGCAGUAAUACCGCUGGCAUCCGUGGAGAAGGGGAUUAACAUUCAGACUGUGGAAAUGGCAACGAAGGAAGCACAGAGUGUCCAGGAACCAAAAUAUCACGAACCUCAUUCAAUUUUGGAAGAAAAUGGCAGUAUUCAGACAGUAACUCUUUCGAUGCAUCAGGUAGCAAAGGAAAGAAUGGACAGUGCCCAGGCAUUAAAUCAGCAAACCUCUGAUAUGGUCAUGGAAAAAACAAAGAGCCCCCAUACAGUAAUGCAACAGGCAGUGAUUUCACAGUUAGGUUUAGAAGAUAAACAUGCAGUGAUUCCUUUACUACCAGAGGAAACUAACCGCAUGGCCGUAGUGAUUCAUAAAAUGCCACAUGAAGAAAUGAGCAGUGCCCAAUCAAUGACUCUUCAAUCACCUCAGAUGGCCAUGACUAGCAGUGAUCAGGUAAUGAUUCCCCAAACACUUCAGAUGGCCAUGGGAGAAUCUAGCAGUGCCCAGCCAGCAUAUGUUCAGACGACUCAGAUAAUCAUGCCAGAAACCAGUAGGACCCAGGAAGUGAUCCAACAAGCAGUGACUUCAGACAUAGAUUCGAAAGAAAUGCAUUUUGUGAAGCCACUAUUACCACAGGAUAUAUGCAAUAUGAGCGCAGUGAUUCGUCAGACACCACAAGCGGAAGAAGAAGGAACAAGCAGUGCCCAUGCACCGAUCCAGCAAGCAGCAGCAUCUGAACUAGAUUUGAAAGAAGCACAUUCAGUGGUUUCACUGUUACCACAGGACACCAGUAGUGUGAGAACAGUGGUUCAUCAGACAGCGCAGAUGGCCAAGGAAGAAAUAGCCAGGGCCCAGAUCAUGACUGUGGCACAUCAAAUGCCCUUGGGAGAAGCUAGGAGAGCCCAGGCAGUGAUUCAGCAAGCAGCAUCUUCAAAGCUACAUUUAGACGAAACACAUUCAGUGAUUCCACUAGUGCCACAGGACACCGGCAAUGUGAGAGCAGUGAUUCAUCAGACGCCACAGGUGACCGAAGAAAGAACUAACAGUAUCCAGGCAGUGACUGCUCAGGCUAAACAGAUUGCCUUGGAAGAAGAUGGCAAUGCCCAAGCAGUGGCUCUUCAAAUGCCACAGAUGGCCACGGGAAGGGCUACCAGUGCCCAAGCAGUGGCUGUUCAAAUACCUCAGAUAGCUUCAGACGGAACCAGCAGUGUCCAGGCAGAGACUGCUCAUAUUACACAGAUGGCCAUGGAUGAAACUAGCAGUGCCCAGACAGUAACUCAUCAAUCACCGCAGAUGACCAUGGGAAAGGCUAGCAGUGCUCAGACAGUGAUUGCACAAACACCACAGAUGGCCAUGGUGGGAACUAGCAGUGUCCAGGCAGUGUCCCAGCUGCCCUUGAAAGAGGGUAGCAGUGCUCAGAUAGUGUCCCAGAUGGCUUUGAAAGAGGCUAGCAGUGCUCAGGCCAUCAUCCAACCAGCAAUGGCUUCACAGCUAUUGGAGGAAACACAUUCAGUGAUUCCACAGUGGCCACAGGGCAAUUUUAGGGCAGAGAUUCGUCAGAUACCGCAAGAGGUUAAAGAAGGAAUAGGCAGUGCUCAAACAGUGAUUGUUCAAACACCACAGAUGACCUGGGGAGAAACUAGCAGUACCCAAGCAGUGACAGUUCAGACCCAUCAGUUGGCCAUGGGGAAGGCUUCUAUUGCUCAGGAAUUGACUACUCAGACUUUACAGAUGGACUUGGAAGGAGUGAUAAAUGAAACACCUCAGAUCGACGUGGAUGCCACUAGCAGUGCCCACGCGGUGAAUGUUCAAACACCUCAGAUGGCGGUGGGAGCGGCUAGCAGUGCCCAGCCAGUCACUGUUCAAACAUCGCAGAUACCCGUGAGAGAGGCUAGCAGUGCAGAAGUAGUGAUUACUCAAACACCUCAGAUGGCCAUUGGAGAGGCUAGCAGUGCCCAAGCAGUGACUCUUCAGACACCCCAGAUAGCUGUGAAAGAGGCAAGCAGUGCCCAGGCAGUGACUCUCCAUACACCUCAAAUGGCCCUGGGAGAGGCUAGCAGUGCCCAGGCAGUGACUCUCCAUACACCUCAGAUGGCCAUGGGAGAGGCUAGCAGUGCCCAAGCAGUGAAUAUUCAGACACCUAAUGCAGUCAUCCGACACGCAGUGUCUUCACAGCAACGUUUGGAAGAAACUCAAGACACCAACAUUACGAUGGCAGUGACUCAUCAGACUCCACGGAUGACAGAAAGAACAAGCAGUGCUCAAGCAAUGAUCCAGCAAGCAGUGACUUCACAGCUUUGUUUGGAUGAAACUCAUGCACUAGCCAAGGAAAGAAUGAGUAGUGCUCAAGCAGUGACUGUUCAGACACCACAAAUGGUCAUCGGAGAAGCUUGCAGUGACCAAACAGUGACUCUUGAGGCAUAUCAAUUGGCCACAGAAUCAGUUAUCAAUACUCGGGCGACACCUGUUCAGAGACUUGAAGAAGCCAGGCAUGAAUCUAGCAGUGUCCAAGCAGUGACUGUUCGGACACCUCAGAUGUCCAUGAUAGCAACCAGCAGUGAACAAGCAGUGAUUAAUCAGUCACCUCAGAUGUCCAUGAUUGCAGCUGGCAGUGUCCAAGCAGUGACUGUUCAGACACCUCAGAUGUCCAUGGUUGCAGCUGGUAGUGAACAAGCAGUGACUGUUCGGACACCUCAGAUGUCCAUGAUUGCAGCUGGCAGUGUCCAAGCAGUGACUGUUCAGACACCUCAGAUGUCCAUGGUUGCAGCUGGCAGUGUCCAAGCAGUGACUGUUCAGACACCUCAGAUGUCCAUGGUUGCAGCUGGCAGUGAACAAGCAGUGAUUAAUCAGACACCUCAGAUGACGGCGGCAGUUCCCAUUAGUGCCGAGGCAGUGAUCCAACAUGCCGUGAGUUCAGAGUUAGAUUUAGAAGAAUCGCAUUCAGUGAUUUCACUAUUACCAAAUGGCAGCAGCAAUUUGAGAGCAGUGAUUCAUCAGACAUCUCAUGAAGGAACUCUUAGUGACCAGGCAGUGACACUUCAUACGCCACAGAUGGCGAUGGAAAAGACUAGCAGUGCCCAGACAGUGACAGAUCAAACACCCCAUAUGGGCAGUGUCCGGGCAGUGACUCUUCAAACACCACAUGUAGCCAUGGAUGAAACUAGCAGUGUACAGGCAGUGACUGUUCAAACAUCACAGAUGACUGUAGAAGCUGGCAGUGCUCCGACGGUGAGUCUUGAGACACCUCAGAUGGCUUUUAGAGAACUCUGCAGUGCCCAGGCAGUCACCGGUCGACCCGUGUCUUCGGAGCUGGACUGGGAAGAAUCGAACUCAGUCGUUUCAGUUUCACCGCAGGAAAUAGGCAGUGUUCAAACAGUGACUGUUGAAACACCUCAGAUGGCCGUGGCAGAAACUAGCAGUGCUCAGGCAGUGAUUGCACAAACACAACAAAUAGCCAUGGAAGGAACUGAUAGUGCACAGGCAGUGAUUGAUCAGACACCACAGAUGGUAAUAGGAGAGGCUAGCAGUGCUCAGGCCAUCAUCCGCAAAGCAGUGAAACCACAACUCGAUCUGCAAGAAACCCAUUCAGUGAUUCAGUUGUUACCACAGGACCCCUGCAGUGUCAGAGUCGUGAGUCAUGGGACGCCCCAGGAGGCACGGGAAGGGACGAACAGUGCCCAGACAGUGAAGAUUCAGACACCGGAACCUACCAGUACCCAGGCAGUGACUCUUCAGACACCUCAGAUGGCCAUGGGAGAGGCUGGCAGUACCCAGGCAGUGACUCUCCAUACACCUCAAAUGGCCAUUGGAGAGGCUAGCGGUGCCCAGGUAGUGACUCUUCAGACACCUCAAAUGGCCAUUGGAGAGGCUAGCAGUGCCCAGGCAGUGACUCUUCAGACACCUCAAAUGGCCAUUGGAGAGGCUAGCAGUGCCCAGGCAGUGACUCUCCAUACACCUCAAAUGGCCAUGGGAGAGGCUGGCAGUGCCCAGGCAGUGACUCUCCAUACACCUCAAAUGUCCAUAGGAGAGGCUAGCAGUGCCCAGGCAGUGACUCUUCAGACACCUCAAAUGGCCAUUGGAGAGGCUAGCAGUGCCCAGGCAGUGAUUCUUCAGACACCCCAGAUAGCUGUGAGAGAGGCUAGCAGUGCCCAGGCAGUGACUCUCCACACACCUCAGAUGGCCAUUGGAGAGGCUAGCAGUGCCCAAGCAGUGACUCUUCAGACACCCCAGGUAGCUGUGAAAGAGGCUAGCAGUGCCCAGGCAGUGACUCUCCAUACACCUCAAAUGGCCCUGGGAGAGGCUAGCAGUGCCCAGGCAGUGACUCUCCAUACACCUCAGAUGGCCGUGGGAGAGGCUAGCAGUGCCCAGGCAGUGACUCUCCAUACACCUCAGAUGGCCAUUGGUGAGGCUAGCAGUGCCCAGGCAGUGACUCUCCAUACACCUCAGAUGGCCGUGGGAGAGGCUAGCAGUGCCCAGGCAGUGACUCUCCAUACACCUCAAAUGGCCAUUGGAGAGGCUAGCAGUGCCCAGGCAGUGACUCUCCAUACACCUCAGAUGGCCGUGGGAGAGGCUAGCAGUGCCCAAGCAGUGAUUCUUCAGACACCCCAGAUAGCUGUGAGAGAGGCUAGCAGUGCCCAGGCGGAGAUUCAACAAGCAUUCACAACAGAGCUCGAUUUGGAAGAAACCCAUUUAACGACUCCACUUUUACCACAGGAGAUUAAUAGUAUGCAAGCAGCGAUACAUCAGACACUGCAUGUGGCCACGGAAGGAGAGAACAGUGUCCAGGCAGUGACCGAGCAAAGACACAUGACCGUGGAAACAGAUAGCGGUGUUCGAGUGGAGACCCGGGAAAUGCCUCAGAUGACUGCUAAGAAUAGUAGAGCUCAGGCAGUAAUCCAGCAGGCAGUGACUGUCGACCUGGGUUUAGAAGAAUCGCAUUCAGUAUUUCCACUUACGUCACAAGAGACCAGUGGCAUGCAAGCAGGUGUUCAACAGACAUCACCCACAGACAUGGAGAGAACGAGGCAUGCUCAGUCCACAGCUCUUCAAACAGCACCUGGGAGCCUGAGGGAAGCCAGUGCCCAGUUAGGGGUCCUGCAUGCAACGUCUUCGGAGGUAGACUUGGGAGGAGCACCUGCAGGGACUUUACCAUUGGCCCCAAAGACCUGCAGUGUCUUACCUUUGCUUCGUCAAACAGCACACAAGGAUAGAGGUGUUUUGAGUGGUGCUGACGCAGUGCCUCAUCAGACACCAAAUGUGACUACGGAAGCAGGCAGUAGUGCUGUGUCAGUGAUGAAGGUGACAAGGACUGCACAGUUAGAUUUAGAAAAGUCACAGUCACUAACUUUACCCUCACUGCAGAUGGCCAGUAACGGUCAAGCUUUAAAACAAAUAACACCGUAUAUCAUAGGAGAUACCAGUGCUUCGACAGCGUCUCAUCAACCAUCUGAGGUGGCUAUGAAUGAUGGCACCACAUUGACUUCAGAAGGAUGGGAAACAGUAAUUCCACUGACAGAACAGAGCGUAAGCAAUGUACAAACAGUCACUCGUUUGCCGACUCGGAAGGAAGGAGUUAUCUGUGACCAGGAAGAAACUUGCACUGGCUUUGCAGUAACUCAAACAGUAGCAUCUGAAGUAGAUAUGGAUGAAUCUUGUUCAUUGACUUCAUUCUUGCCACAUGCAAGUAAUAGUGUGAGGGUCGUGACUAAUCAGAACCCUCGCCUUGCAAUGGAAGGGGCCAAGCCUGUACAAACACUGAAACAAUCACCAAAAGGUAUUUCUCAGUUGCCACAGGUGACGAGCAACGCCCAAGAAAGGCCUUACAUGUUCAUGGAAGUACCUGACAGUGCACAGGCAGUGACGGCGCAGUCAUCGGUUACAUUGGGAUUUGAGAAUCCACAUUGA